AUGAGUGGAAGCGAAUAUGUGACAAUAUCAGCGCUCACACCAAUCCUUCGUCGGCUCAAAAACGAAGAACUCGCUGCAAAGAAUGGAGACCUGCCAAUGACCGUGUCCAUUAAGAAGAAGAUAUUGAAAGCCCUUCAAGUCAAAUAUUCAUGUGAAGAAAAAAAACUGUUGAUGGAUAUCACGUGCUUUCUUGACCCAAGAUUUAAGGUACAGUAUUAGCCGCUUAAUAAAACUGCAUAUUUCGUGUGCAACAUAAUUAAGAAAUAUGCAAAAAUUAGCGUAAGCGGCUCGCCUGUAUUGUAGGGUUUUGAAGUGAACUGUUUACUCUACAGUUGGUAAUUAAUUACUAAUUCUAAUAUUUGUUAUAUUAUAUAUAUUUUGCAGACCGACUUUUUUACUGACAACGACGAAGAUUGCGAUGUUGAAUCGAUGGUCGAGUCAAGCUCAAGCGAGUUUGCUGUUGUCAAGAAUGCUCUUUUAAAGGAAGCUGUGUUCGUCACAAGCAAUGCAUCUGAAGAUGAACCAUGCCAACCACCACAGAAGAAAGUCAAGAAGACGCUUGGCUCCAUCACUAGCAUGCGGAAAUCGUCUCAAGUGUCAUCGCCAGCGCAGUCGCCGCGGGAUCGAUUGGAAAAGGAGAUGAAGAAAUACGUGAAUACAGACACAAUCGAUGGCGACAAUGAUCCUUUGUUGUGGUGGAAAUGCCACGGUCGAGACUUCCCAAUGCUCAGUCAGUUGGCACGAAAAUAUCUGUCAAUUCCUGCAAGCAGUUCGCCGUCUGAGAGACUGUUCAGUAAAGCCGGUCAGAUUGUCACCGCACAAAGGUCUCAGCUAAAGCCAGAACAAGCAAAUAUGCUUGUGUUUCUGGCAGAAAAUUUGUAA